UUCUUCGCCACACUUUAGCGUGAGCAUUGCGCAAGCUCUAUUCUAAGCGGUGCAAGUUGGGCCGUGUGUUACACGUAACACCGGACAGCGUUCUUGUGCAAGAAGCGAGCAGGUUGACCACACCAGCCUCGUCGGACAAGUAUCGAGCCCAGCGUCUGCCUAAACGUCCGAAAAGACUUCGCCUAGUCGCAAAACUUUAGCGCGUCUGAAUUACCAUCAACGCAAUGAGCGCCAACCCUAUGGAUUCGGUCCAACGUCAGCAGCAGAAGCAAGUGCAACAGCAAGAGCGGCAACAUGAACGUGCUGGAACGAGUCAGGGUGCUAAGGAACGUUCCUCGGCCACCCUGGCCCGCGUCGCAAAGGACAUAAACGACCUGAACCUGCCAAGCACUUGUCAUACGGUGUUCCCCGACCCGGACGACCUCAUGAACUUCAAGCUGAUCAUCAGUCCCGAUGAGGGCUUCUACCGUAACGGCCGGUUCACCUUCAACUUUCGAGUCGGCGACAACUAUCCGCACAAGCCGCCCAAGGUGAAGUGCGAGACGCGAGUGUUCCACCCGAACAUCGACCUCAAAGGUCACGUGUGCCUCGACAUCCUGCGAGGCGACUGGAGUCCCAUGAUGACCCUGGGUUCGGUCGUGACCGCCCUGCAGUUCAUCCUCCUCGAACCAAACACUGAUGAUCCGUUCAACGAGGAAGCUGGACAGGUGCUUCUUCACAACCGGAAGCUGUUCGAGCAAUACGUCAGAACAUCCAUGUCAGGAGGGCGCGUCGGUUCGACGUACUACGACUGUUGCCUCGAGUAACGUGUCGUCUGCUGUUCUUGUAACCUGACGCACUGCGCACCUGUAGCAGACGGCAAUAAAUAUGUGCGGUGACGUGACCCACAAUUAUUGCCUCGAGUAA